CUGAGUUCUCCUUGCUACCUUUCGUUCACCCCCUCCUCUCUCAAGUUUGCUGCGUGCGUUUAGAUAUAAGCGGUUUGGGUCCUUAUUGCAAUUCCAUGCAAGUCAAGCCUUUUUCAUCCCAAAUCGCCCGCAGGUCUUGGUCCUUUACACCCUUGAUGUGGUGGAAUGCUCUCAUUCGAGUGACUCUGGACGGCCAGACAAAGAUUUGCUGGCCGUGAGGAUCCCCACUUCGGUCACGGAGAUUGGCGUUUGUGCUUUUUGGAAUUGCCGCGCCUUACUGAGAGUGGACAUCCCCGACAGCGUGACGUGCAUUGGAGAAAGUGCCUUCAUGGGCUGUAGCGCUCUGAGAGAGCUGAGGGUGUCCAACUCGCUGACGUUGAUCGGAGCCUAUGCCUUCCAGGACUGCAGUUCGCUGAGGACACUGACAAUCCCCAACUCCGUCACUUGCAUUGGAUUCGAGGCAUUGACGGGAUGCAGCUCCUUGGCAGAGUUGCACCUCAGCAACUCAGUGACUUGCUUGGAUGACUUUGCCUUUAGCCGAUGCAGCUCUUUGAGAGCAUUGACCAUCCCUGACUCUGUGACCUCAAUUGGAGGUUUUGCAUUCAGCGAAUGUCGUUCGCUAGAAACGUUGACCAUCCCCAGUUCGGUGAUCCUCAUUGAAGCUGGUGCUUUCGAUGGCUGCAGCUCCUUGCGAGAAGUUGUACUCCCAGAGGCUCUGACGGUUGAGGAGGGUGCCUUUCCAGAGUCUGCAACGUUGAUUUCCACCAAUGGUGAGGUGAAAAGCACAACACCUGCACGUCCGCUCAACGUCGUGGAACAGCCUGAAUAUGUAUGUUUGCAUUCUGACUGACUGAACAAGGCCAUGUUUUCCUUUUUCUCUGGAGAUUAGAUUGCUUCAGCGCACAGAUUGCUUUUGCGACAGCUAGGAGAAGCUCGCCAAAAAGACCAUCGCUCGCGCCAACUGCACCGUGCUUCCUUGGAACAUUCUUUGAUGGUGUUGACACCAGGCUUUUUUCCCCGUAGGAAGAAGGUCUUGGGCACCGCAACCUCAAGAGAUGGGCAACAUUUCACCCUCGACCCGUCCGAGCCCUCCGGAAACUCGUCGGUCCAGGGCCAAACACCUGAUUUCUCCCCCGGUCAGGGGUCGGGUCGACAGCCCAUGAGGUACAUGGUACGGCCGCCUUCCAGCGACCGACCGCCCGGUUUCCGCCCCACCGCGGCAGGGGACCGUCCGCGGGACCACUGGCGCUUGGAGAGAGUCGAGCAGAAGGUCCUGGAGUCGGGACUCUUGGCCUUGCAGGCGCAGUUGGCCACUUCCCCGAAGCGUGCGACCGCUGUGGCGCGGCAGGGCUCAGCAGUGCUGCGAGCGUCCUUCUUCGAGCGAUUGCUGGAGGGCCAUGUGGAGCUGAAGGCGUGCCCGGCCAACGACGUGGCCGCGGCACAAGGUGACUUGAAGAAGCUGAGCCUCAGCCAGCUGCUGGCGCUCCGGAUCCUGACCAAGGAUUUCCCAACCACCAGCGUUGGAUCUCUGAAGGUCCACGGGCAUUUUUUAGCGGCCCUCUCCUCGGAACUGUUCCAGCAGCUGGGUGCCCGCGCGCUGGGCGAUGAGAUCGCCACGCGGCGGAGGUUGGAGCAGAUCGGCCAGCGGCUGGUGCUUUGCCUGGGCGCGGCCGAGCUGCUGUCCUCCGUCGCGGGGCCCACGCUGCCGCAGCGCUGGCUGAGCAGCAUCGAGGAGGAGGAUGGGUCCGGCUCUGGCUUGGUGCUGGUGGAUGUCUGCGAGCACACCGCAGAGGUCCUGGAAGGCACUGCGGGGGACUUCGACCCACACCGUGGUGUGAGCAUCGCUGUGGUCAUCGAUUUGGGCUCGGGCUCGACCUCCUCGGUGAACUGGGAAGUGGUCACCAUGGAUGCUGCCAAGGACGACAUCCCGGCGGCCAUGGCGGCCCUGCGUGCGCGGAAGCGGAGGAGCACCUUUCGGGGGCGGAAGAGCACGUCCGCCCUGGAGGAGACGCCCGAAGACUCUGCGCGGCAUUUUCCAGUGUUACCCUUCGCCACUGAAGAGCUCUUCGACGGGCAGGAGGGCUCCUCCGGCACUCGAAGAAGCACGCCUUCAAAGCAGGUGGACUGGCCGUCGCCCACUCCGCAGCACAGGACUCCGCGGGGCCUGCGGCCGAAGGACAGCCGCUUCAACGAGUGACCCGCCUGUGACGGUCCAAGCAGGAGGUUUGACGUCACCAUGGCACCACGGAUUCUCGUAUAGGUCAAACCCUUAUAGGGUGACGUCACCCAGGCUUAGUCCUCAGUCUUUGGACUUGUUCGUGGCGAACCGUGACGGAGCGUCGCGGUGACGCCAGCAGAGAACAAGCACGCCUGCCUCUGCAAGUGUUUACAUGGCUGGAGAUGCGUCGGUUUGUACCCGACAUCUGCAAACACGCACAAGUUGGUGUGUGACAGUUCUUGUGGGUCCUUUCCCUCAGGUCGUCAGAGAGGUUAGAAGUUGGACUCUUUUCGCCUUUUCGCCGCGGAGACCACCUGGCCCCUGGCCUGGCUGGGUAGACUCCGUCUUUCCUUCUUCCAGUGGAUGCUUUGGACCCCAAAAGCGUUCUGAGAACGAAAGACAGCGGGAGGAUGUGUCUGACGAUUCCGAAGGGCGAGAGGUCGGGAUCGGAUUUUUUUGCGAGUGCAUCACGUGGAUCUGAGGCAGAUUCUGGUCCUGCGAAAAUGGACAUCCAGGACAAAAACAAAAGAGCAAUUACAAAUAAAUUGACGUGCGGAAGGUUGGUUGAUCCUUUGCAAGAUCCACAUGGUUGUGGAUCAAACCUGGAGCAGCCAGGCUGGCCCAUGAUAGGCGUCAACUAGGUCCGGGCCUUUCCAUGUUUGCGUCAACUAGGUUGGUGGCGUUCAGACAAUUGCACAAGUAUUGGUGAGUGGUCAAUUAAGGGUAUUCGUCUGCUGGUGGCCAUGACCCACUUGCAUUAUCACUUCUAGAGAAAGAGGACAAUCACCUCAACAACCCAACAACCGAAUAGGCCAACAAGCCUUUGAUGAGUUCCUUUUGCUUUCGGCUCCUCAAUGAAGGACACGACUGCUUCGCUGAGCCAACAACUUUCGCCAGCCCGAACACCUUCGGUCGGAACUUGGGGUCCGGAGCUCCCGUCCCCCGGCGGUCCGUCGCGCUGGACGAGGUACCCCUUCAUCACCGACCUCUUCGACUACUUCGGCUGCUGCACACGCCGGCAGAGCGAGCCCAACUGAGCGGUUUCGCCACCCGGGGCAGGUCGGGGGGGGUUCAGGCGGAGCCCAGGCCGUGCGUGGCGUGGGUUCGCAGCGAGUCGCUGAAACUGUGGGUGGUCAAGGUGCCAGGGCGCUUCCACUUAGAUACUCCCCCUGGUUCGGAGUUUUCAUCAAACUCUUCACCGACUCAGUACUCUGGAGCUACACGCUCCAGGAGGCUUGCCCCGCUCGGGCGUCGUUUCACUUCCCAAAUUCCGCUGAAGCGACCCUCUUUCGGCGCCGAGGCUUGAACUCCCAAACGACGAGCGAAGCCCAGAAACAG